AUAAAUGCUGGCUAUUUAGUAUGGUCAAUUGCCUUUGGCCAUAGGUCACCACGCAUGAUUUUAAACUCCAGUCAGUGUGAAAGGUACAGAUUUCAUGUUAUUGAUGAUGUGUUAGUUACAGGACUGUCGAAUGGCAGAAUCAGGACAUGGGAUGUCAAAACAGGCAUUAUUAGGGGACUUAAACAUGAAUUAUUGGACCAUAUUGAUGUCAUUAGAGAUCUUCAUUUUGCUCCAGAACUGUUUUUUAAGAUGGUCUCAGCAUCUCAUGAUGGAACAUUAAAAAUAUGGGAUUUUGAUGAUGACGGCAACAUGUGCAGAACUAUUAAAUCUCCGUUCGGACAAGUAUAUAGUUGCAGAUGGUCACCAGAUGUUAGUUUAAUUGCUGCAACUGGAAACAAUAAAAAUGUUUGUUUGUGGAGCACAUCGAAUUUUGAAAUUUUUCAUAAACUUGUUGGUCACAAAAACGUUGUCAUGAAAUGUGAAUUCUCUUCUGAUGGUUCUAUGCUAGCAACUGCGUCUCGUGAUACCGUCGUCAUUGUAUGGGAAGUUGCUACUCAAACUCCUAUUGCCAGCUUUUUCCACCUUCUUCCUAAACCCGAAUUUAUUUUUGCUGGAGGAUCAAAUGACUUUUAUGUUCAUGACGUUUCUUUCUGCAAGUAUAAUAAUCAACUAGUGACAGUGUGUGAAACAGGUGUAGUUCAGUUGUGGAGUUUAGAUUCUUCACAACCUACGGAAAAAUUGUAUGUAAAAGACGUAUACACUUGCUGUUAUUCUACUGAUGGUCUGCUUAUUGCCAUUGGAACUAAAACUGGACAUUGUUUGAUACUGCGACCGUUUUCGCACCUCCCAUCAAUUCAACAACUCUGCAGGAAUAUCAUAAGAAAAUGUUUUACUACAGAUCAAAUUCAGGAGUUCAGUUUUCUUCCGAAAUCUUUGAAAAAUUAUUUGCUUUAUAUCAAUGAUGACAAAACUGCAUAG